GAGGGAAAAGCGAAUUAAAGUGGGAACUCCUCGUGAAGCAAAAGUAAAAACUGCUGCUUCCUCUCACCAGCUGCUGUUGUAUUGUUGUAUCGUAGCAGCCAAAGCAAAUCCAUGAAGCCGAUUAGACUUCCGGAGCCUCCCAGCCCCACCAUGGGUGUCCCCGAGAUAUUUGAGGGUGGCGCCAAUAGCAUAGUAAGACGCGCCGUCGUUAUUGGCAACGGCUUUACCGGUUCUGAGAAUCAGAGCAUCGGCUUGAUUCGUGCUCUCGGCCUCUCCGAUAAUUGCUCCUUAUACCGAGUUACGAGACCUAGAGGCGGAAUCAAUGAGUGGCUCCACUGGCUUCCGGUUUCUCUUCACAAGAAGUUAGAUUAUGUUCUGAGACAAUUAUAUAUUUACUGGAGGCUUCUGACACCUGCUCGAAGGAAGAAAUUGGCAGCUCUACCUUCGGAAAACGGUUUUAGUGUGGGUUUAUCAACGGUUUUAGAAGCUGAUGUGAAGCAGAUAGUAAACAUGGCUCGUGAGACUUAUGAAAAGGAUGGCCCUUUAUUGGUGGUUGCAUCUGGCAGAGAUACGAUUUCUAUUGCAAGCUCUAUAAAACGUUUAGCAUCUCAAAAUGUUUUUGUUGUUCAGAUACAACAUCCAAGGUCACAUUUGAACAGGUUUGACCUGGUGAUCACACCGCAUCAUGAUUAUUAUCCUAUGACUCCCCAAGCCCGAGAGCAGGUUCCUCGGUUUCUCUGGAAGUGGAUAACACCUCGUGAACCUCCUGAUGAGCAUGUGGUUUUGACGGUGGGAGCUUUGCAUCAAAUUGAUUUUGCUGCACUUCGUGUUGCAGCUAGCACGUGGCAUGAUGAGUUUGCCCCUCUGCCAAAGCCUUUACUUGUGGUUAAUAUCGGUGGACCAACAAGCUGCUGUCGGUAUGGGACUGACCUUGCAAAGCAAUUAACUGUCAAUCUGCUUGGUGUGCUUGAUAGCUGUGGGAGUGUCAGAAUAUCAUUCUCAAAUAGGACACCCGCAAAGGUUUCAAACAUAGUAAUCAAAGAGAUUGGAAAUACUCCAAAAGUUUAUAUCUGGGAUGGCGAAGAGCCAAAUCCACAUAUGGGACAUUUAGCUUGGGCAGAUGCAUUUGUCAUUACGGCAGAUUCAGUCAGUAUGAUAAGUGAGGCAUGCAGCACUGGGAAACCUGUAUAUAUUAUGGGAUCUGAGCGUUGUACAUGGAAAUUGUCUGACUUCCAUAAAUGUUUGGGGGAGAGGGGCGUGGUUCGGCCAUUUACUGGUUCUGAGGAUGUAAGUAAACAAAUUUCAGAGAGCUGGAGCUACCCUCCCCUUAAUGACACUGCAGAGGCUGCUCGUCGGGUGCAUGAGGCACUUGCUGAACGUGGACUAAGACUACGGCCAUAGAAUGUGUUCAUAGUUUUUGUUGUAAGCAUAUUAUUUUUUGCUUCAAAAGGGAAUCGCUUCAGUUAGGUUUGUUUGAUAACACACAUAUGGACCAACAGCGAGCUUAAAUAGAUUUUAAAGCAUUCUUUCUCCUAUUGACGUUUUGGGCUAUGAUUUAUGUAAAAAUAAAGGGGUACCUCUGGUAGUGCGGCUUGUAUUAUAGGAAGAGUAUCAGUUUUAAUUUUUUGACUUUUUCCCCCCUUUAUGGGAAUACAGUUCUGUUCUGAAAUAAGCUUUUGUAAUUAAACUGGUAGACAUGAUUGUGAUUGAUUUACACACGAAAAGAGAGUGCAAUUAUAUGAAAAUUUAAUUGUGCUUUGAUGCUAA